UUCCUGUGGCUGAAGGGGUGGGUCAGAGCUUACAAAAGAUCAAGUACAAACUUAUUUCCUCUUCGGGGAGCGGUAGGAAGCACUCAGCAUCGGGUAUUCUACUGAGCAGCUCGAGGUUGUCUCGUUGUCUCGGUGUCUCCUCCAUCCACAAGUGGAACAAGCAGACGACGAGCAGACUCUGUCCAGGCCUCAUUUGUCAUCCGUAUCAGGUGAGCCGGACUUGUUUUGGCACACUGGCACUCACUAACAACCGCUGAAGGUGAAAAAGGGGAAGUUGACCUGAAGGUUUUUUUCCUUAACUAGAAGUAGUCCUUAAGUUGGAGAAAAUGCUAGAGAUGGUCACAGAAAGAAUGCUGGAAGUGUAUGACAAGCUUCUAGAAUGGAGAGACCCACGGGUGAGGGGCUACCCACUGAUGGACAGUCCAGUCAACAUGACUGCUAUUCUGCUCGUCUACCUCUUCUUCGUACUGUAUGCAGGCCCUCGGAUAAUGGCCACCCGUAAACCUUUCCAACUAAAAGGGCCCAUGAUUGUCUACAACUUCUUCUUGGUUUUUCUGUCAAGCUUCAUUGUGUAUGAGUUCUUGAUGUCAGGGUGGCUCACAGGAUAUACGUGGAGAUGUGACCCAGUUGAUUACUCAGACAGUCCACAAGGACUGAGGAUGGUCAGAGUGGCAUGGUUGUUCCUCAUCUCAAAGUUCAUCGAGCUCAUGGAUACAGUGUUUUUUGUGCUACGUAAGAAACACAGUCAAAUUACAUUCCUACACAUCUUCCACCAUUCUUUCAUGCCCUGGACUUGGUGGUGGGGUGUCAGCUUUGUUCCUGGUGGAAUGGGAUCAUUCCAUGCCAUGGUCAACUCUGUUGUCCAUGUGAUCAUGUAUUUCUACUAUGGCCUCUCUGCUGCAGGACCUCGAUUCCAGAAGUACCUCUGGUGGAAGAAAUAUAUGACAGCCAUCCAGCUGACACAGUUCGUGUUGGUGUCCCUUCAUGCUACACAGUAUUACUUCAUGGACAGCUGUGAUUAUCAGAUGCCUCUCAUCCUCCACCUCAUUUGGAUGUAUGGCACCUUCUUCUUCAUUCUCUUCUCCAACUUCUGGUAUCAGGCGUACGUGAAGGGCAAGCGGCUGCCCAAGAGCACUGAACAGCUCAGUGUGAACAGCAAGGACAAUAGUGCUCUGUCCAAUGGAGCUGUUGCCAAUAGUGCUUCAGUAGUUUCUAAUGGCAGUGGUGUGCACCAUGAGAAUGGGUUGACAAAUGGAAAGAAGCACCACGAGAACGGAUCCUCCCACAGUGGUAAGAUGAAGAAAGCCUAGACAGGCAAGAGAAUAACAUCCAAAAUGCAUGACCACGAGUGCCUGCACAAAAUGCCAUGGAUUCCAAAGAGUGUUUUGGGACUGUUUUUCUCACCAUGUCCUUUUUUUUUGUUUGUUUGUUUCCCUUUAUUUUGUAGUUUUAAUAAUGCACAAAUACAUGGGGAGAUGAAUGAGUCUGGGAUCCCUGUUUGUAUUUUUGUUAAUAAUUUUAAUGGUUAAUCUAAAGAAAAUAAAUAUUGAGCACAAUAUAUGAAGAGAAGAGCAGAGAUGUUGACUGUAUAUAAUCUUCACUGAUGUUGCUCGCCUUUUCACAUGCAGAAUGAAUGCACUCCUUACCCACCCCCCUCUCCAUGCUCACUCAGACUCCCCAGUGGCAAAUGGCACUGUACAGUUCUCCAAGUCAACUUGAGCUCCAACUGUAAAUACUGUAGGUUUACCAUCAAACUAAUGGGAUUGAUACUGUAGGGUUCUACAUUUUUGUUACUCAAGUAUAUUGACUUGAACUUCAAAUAAAUUCCAUUUUAAAAUGGGACCAUAUGAAUAUU